AAUGUUGAAACACAGAUUGGAAUCAAAUAAAAGUUUGGAGUAAAUUUCAUUAAUUAAUAAAUUCAAAGUGCGUGUAUUCCUAGGGCCGGCUUUGUAGGUUUAUUCCCUCAAAAUCGUAGAUAUGCAUCCUACGCAUAUACACGCAAUCAUGUAUCUCUCAUAAACAUGGAACACAAAUCAUUAUCACAGAUCAUCGCCACUCUCUUCGCCUUCUCACUCAUGGGCAAUUCUAGCGUUACCGUCACAGCAGAUGCAUGCGGCCCGAAACCGUCGGGCCCGAUCGUGCCGACGACUCCGUUAAUCAAAUUUCUCGAGCGGCUUCAAGAGACGGCUCUCCAAACGUACGGCCACAAGGACUUUGACCCAAAGCUCUACGUAGACCUGUCACUCAAGCAAAACCUCUCGGCCACGGUCGAAGCCUUCGACAAACUCCCGCGAAACGGGUCCGGUUCGGUUCGGGCCGGGGAGCUGAACCGGUUCGUGGAGGAGUAUCUGGGCGGGGCGGAGGAGGAUUUGGUGGUUGCGGUCCCGGUCGACUUUGUGGCGGAGCCCGAAGGGUUCUUGGUCAAGGUGGAGAGCCCGGAGGUGAGGGCUUGGGCCUUGAAGGUGCAUCAUCUUUGGAAGAAUUUGACGAGGAAAGUUUCGGGCCGGGUUCUUGAGAAGCCCGAUUUUCACACGCUGCUGCCUUUGGGAAACCCGGUUAUCAUCCCCGGUUCCCGGUUCAGAGAGGUUUAUUAUUGGGAUUCUUAUUGGAUCAUCAGGGGGUUGUUAGCUAGUAAAAUGUAUGAGACGGCUAAAGGGAUGGUGUAUAAUCUCAUUUCCCUCGUAGAUGAAUUUGGUUAUGUUCUCAACGGUGCAAGGGCCUAUUACACUAAUAGGAGCCAACCUCCUCUACUUAGCUCAAUGGUUGUUGAUGUAUACAAUAGAACAAGAGAUGAGACUCUACUUACAAAAUCGCUUCCUGCAUUGCUCAAGGAGUACCACUUUUGGAACUCAGGGAUUCAUAAGGUGAUUGUUGAAGAUGCUCAAGGCUCGAAUCACACUUUGAGUCGAUACUAUGCAAGGUGGAAUCAACCCAGACCAGAGUCCUUAACCAUUGAUACAGAAACGGCCUCUAAACUCUCAAGCAAAUGUGGUAAAGAAAAACUAUAUCGCGAAUUGGCAUCUGCUGCUGAAUCUGGAUGGGAUUUCAGCACUAGAUGGAUGAGGGAUGAAUCUGAUCUAACAACAUUGGCUACGACAUCAAUUUUACCAGUGGACUUGAAUGCUUUUAUUCUCAAGAUGGAAGUUGACAUAAGCUUGUUGGCAAAUGCAAUUGGAGAUUCGGUGACAGCAGAACGUUUCAGAGAAGCUUCUGAUUCUAGAAAAAUGGCUAUGAAUUCAAUUCUUUGGAAUGCCGAGAAGCACCAGUGGCUCGACUACUGGCUACCCGAUUCCACCUCCCAUACAUGGAACGCUUCCAACCAGAAUCACAAAUUAUACGCCUCCAACUUCGUCCCCUUGUGGAUCCACCCUUUUAAUUCAGAUGCGAAGUUGGUAGAUGAAGUAACCGAAAGUCUUGAAAAAUCCGGUCUGAUCUGUGCUGCUGGGAUUGCGACCUCUCUCAUCGAAUCAGGACAACAAUGGGAUUUUCCAAACGGUUGGGCUCCUCUGCAACACAUGAUUGCUGAAGGACUUGUAAAGUCCGGAAGCGAAAAGGCUAGGCAAGUUGCUCAAGAUAUCGCGGUGAAGUGGAUAAGGACCAACUAUGUGGGUUUUAAGGAGACAGGAGCAAUGCACGAAAAAUACGACGUACGAAAAUGUGGAGCUUCCGGUGGGGGUGGCGAAUAUAAACCCCAAACGGGAUUUGGCUGGUCGAACGGCGUCGUAUUAGCGCUCUUGGAGGAAUUUGGAUGGCCACAAGGCUUCAAAAUCGACUGCACGUGAACAGAGAAAGCAUCGAGAUUUAUAUUACUGUAUAGGGAGUUGAAUUAAUCCAUUUGCGUAUGCGCAUAUUGUAAUUCCAUAUCAAACAAGAUUAAAACAAAAAUAUAAUUAAUAUUUUAAAUUCUAAAUUAUGCUGAUUAUCCACCCA